AUGACCAUAGACAAUGUAGAUAAUUAUAAGCCCAAGUCCAUGGCCUUAAAACAACGUAACUUUGAGCAAGCUAUUGGUGUGAUUGACGUGAAUUUUUGUUAUGCCUUGUAUAGAAUGAAAAACAAUAUAUUACAGCAAAGACAAACUAGCGAUUCCUCCUAUGUGGUGGGAAAAACAUGUUAUGGAAUUGAAUUAUUUGAUUGUUUCAACAAAGAAUGGUUGAAAUCAAAAAAAGACUGCAAAAAGCCUAACAUGAUUUACAUGCUUCUUGAUUUCUCUAAUGGUUUUGCUUUAAAUGAAUACGAAAUCCAGGAAGAUAUCCAGAUAUCAUUCUUGGAUUGCGGUUGGCAUUCCACUAUUUGGUUCACGAAAAAUAUGUAA